AUGCUUACAACUGAUGCUGGAACAAGUAAAACUAAUGCUGAAACAACUAUAACUAAUGCUGAAACAACUACAACUGAUGCUGGAACAAGUACAACUGAUGAUGGAACAAGUACAAAUGAUGCUGGAACAAGUACAACUGAUGCUGAAACAAGUACAAAUGAUGCUGGAACAAGUAAAACUAAUGCUGGAACAAGUACAACUGAUGCUGGAACAACUACAAUUAAUGCUGAAACAAGUACAACUGAUGCUGAAACAAGUACAACUAAUACUGGAACAAGUAAAACUAAUGCUGGAACAAGUACAACUGAUGCUGGAACAAGUACAAAUGAUGCUGGAACAAGUACAACUAAUGCAGAAAAAACUACAACUGAUGCUAAAACAAGUACAACUAAUGCUGAAACAACUACAACUGAUGCUGGAACAACUACAAUUAAUGCUGAAACAAUACAUCUGAUGCUGGAACAACUACAACUAAUGCUGAAACAAGUACAACUAAUGCUGAAACAGGUACAAACUAAUGCUGAAACAACUACAACUGAUGCUGAAACAAGUACAACUAAUACUGGAACAACUACAACUAUUGCUGAAACAACUAAGGCUGAUGCUGGAACAACUACAACUAAUGCUGAAACAAGUACAACUAAUGCUGAAACAGGUACAACUAAUGCUGAAACAACUACAACUGAUGCUGAAACAACUACAACUAAUGCUAAAACAAGUACAACUAAUGCUGAAACAACAAGUACAACUAAUGCUGAAACAAGUACAACUGAUGCUGGAACAACUACAACUGAUGUUCGAACAACUACAACUAAUGCUGAAACAACUACAACUGAUGUUGAAACAACUACAGCUGAUGCUGGAACAAACUACAACUGA